AAGCUACAGAGACGGGAAGAGAAAUUUCGGCUCCUUCUGUAUAAUCGGAGCUAUUCUGAGGCAGUUAAUGAAGUAUUUCUGCAGAUUGGUUGGUUGCUAUGGUAAUAAGACCAAUUUCGGCUCCACCGGUUUGGCACUUUGUUCACCGAUAUUGUUUCUCGAUCUGGAUUUCCAGGUUUCGUCGGAAAUGUUGGGAUGGAGGCUCCGGUGCCUGGAUCAGCAAGCGUGCCACACGUGGAGUGCGUGGACCCCCACACAGCAGAUGCCAAACUAGAUGAAGAAAAUCCAUCUGGCGGUGUCCCAGAAACACGGUCCUCUCCAAACCUGCCCCUUCCAGAGCAGAGCCCAAACUCCGUGCUUCUGCCCAAAGAUCCUCCACAGGCGCCAUCUCACCCCCUGCGCCACCAGGACGGGCAUCUCCGUGAACCUGUGAACAUGAGCAAGGCAGCUGGCGAGGAGACUCAGGAUGAGGGCAAAGAAGAAAGUCUUAAUGGUAACUCUGAUGCCCCAUUCCCCCCGGAGCCAGCCGAGCAGGGAAGGAGUACCCAGGAGCCUCCAGACACCGCUGCAGAGGAGUCCACUGGUCAGAGGUCUGAAGGCAUCAUUACAGAAGAAUCCUCCGUGAGGGAUCCGGUGGGCGAGGAACGGAGACUCUGGAGUCAGUCCUUGGAGGAGAAGCCCCCUGAAAAGCCUUCAUCUGAGACUUCUUACCGGAAACCUCUAGAUUUACAGACAGAAGACACGUCGGUGAAGGAGGGUUUGGAGCAGAGUCCUGGCCAGGUCCCCGUAGAUACGGGCUCAGAGGAGGCAUAUUCUGGGCCUCUAGAGGAGGAAUAUGAGGACGGCAGCACCAAGGACCUGUCUGAUUCCACGGAUAAUACUCUGGAGGACUCCGGGGAUUUUCAUGGCCUCUCUUCGGUGGUCGGGGGAAUACCGUCAGAAUCGUCUCCACCACCUGAUUGCAUCCUGCGUGAUGAGGACGUCACUGCCGAGGGCUGGAGGGCACGGAGAAAGCAUGUGUUUGUUCUGAGCGAGGCAGGCAAGCCCAUCUACUCGCGUUAUGGUAACGAGGAGGCCUUGUCAUCCACCAUGGGAGUCAUGAUGGCCUUGGUGAGCUUCGUGCAGAGUGGGAAUAACGCCAUCCGCUCCAUCCAUUCAGACAACCAGAAGGUGGUCUUCCUGCAGCAGGGUCCGCUCGUACUGGUGUCGGUAUCCCGAGCCCCUCAGUCCGAGGAGCAGCUGAGGCAGGAGCUGCAGUAUGUUUAUUACCAGAUAAUCAGCAUGCUGACACAGGCCAGCGUGGCUCGGAUCUUCGAACGCAAAAAGAACUACGAUCUGCGCCGCCUUCUGGCCGGUUCUGAGAAGAUUCUGGACAGCCUUCUAGACUUGCUGGAUUCUGAGCCGGGCUUCCUGCUCGGAGCUGUCCGAUGUGUGGCCCUGCCCUGUCCGCUACGGGACUCUCUCAGCUCCAUUCUGACCAAGGCCAUCACCCAUAAUCUGGUCUUCUCCAUCUUAGUGGCGGAGCAGCAGUUGGUGACGGUCGUGCAGGAACGGGCUGUGAUCGAAGAUUGCCGUUUGGACCCCGCGGACCUCCAUCUCCUGCUGAACCUUAUUGGAGCUUCCUCUGCUUUCCAGGCGGGCGAGAUCUGGACUCCCAUCUGCCUUCCCCGCUUUAAUCCUGAUGGUUACUUCUAUGCUUAUAUCUCCUACUUGGAUCCGGAGUGCACCGUGUGCCUGGUGCUGCUCUCCACCGACAAGGAGUCUUUCUAUGCGGUAUCUGCCUGCAAGCAGCGGAUCCAGGAGACUAUGGAGGCCCAGAACUCGCUGCAGGCACUUUGUGCAGCCCUGCGAAGCAGCUCCUAUAGCGCGUCUCUGGUGGGAGUCCCUGAGCUGCUGCACUUUGUGUACAAACCACUGGAUAUACCGGACAGCUACCGGCAGCUCCCACAGUUCACCAGCCCCCUGGCGGACGGGCCGUACUCCAGCGACGCAGAGAGGCAGCGGCUCUUUGACUUGUACCGGUACCUGCACUCCCGAAUCCACAGCUCUGUGAGGCCCCUCAGACUCAUCUAUCAUGUGGCUGAGAAGGAGACUCUGCUCGCCUGGGUCACCAGCAAAUUUGAACUCUACACGGCGUUCAGCUCCUUGGUGACCAAAGUGGGAGCGAUUAACGUGAUAACCAAACUCCUGCGCUGGAUCAAGAAAGAAGAAGACAGACUGUUCAUACGCUACCCCCCAAAGUACUCCACGACGCCCCUGCCGGGCAAGGGGGCCAAAGCGAGCCGUCCUGAGAGGACUGAGCCUGCCCAGAACGGCUUCUUCACAGGACUGUAGCGGCAUUUACCCCUACCCCCCGGCCGGCACUCCU